AUUCCCGUCUCCACUCCCGGUGGGUGUAAAAUUCUCCUUGGGGUCUGUGAUUGUCAUCGGAAAAAUCCCAAUAGAGCGACGGCAAUGGCGGACGUCUCACCGCAACCGAGCCGAUCGAGGGAUCUUGACAAGCUCCUUCUUAGGCCUGGUAAUCUCGUUGGUCCCAGGUUCGAACCUGGCCCUGAGAUGAGAGAUGACCUUCAGACUUACGCCAGAGUGUUAGUAGUAGGGGCAGGCGGGUUGGGAUGUGAGCUGUUGAAAGAUUUAGCACUAACUGGUUUUCGAAACUUGGAGGUCAUAGAUAUGGAUCGUAUAGAGGUUACUAAUCUCAAUCGUCAAUUCUUGUUUAGGCUUGAAGAUGUUGGCAAACCAAAAGCUGAGGUAGCGGCCAAGCGUGUCAUGGAAAGAAUCAGUGGUGUAAAUAUUGUACCUCAUUUUUGCCGGAUUGAAGACAAGGACAUAUCUUUUUAUAAUGAUUUCAACAUUAUUGCCCUCGGUCUUGAUUCAAUUGAGGCUCGCAGCUACAUCAAUUCUGUGGCUUGCAGUUUUCUAGAGUAUGAUUCUGACGAUAAUCCACGAGAAGAGACAAUCAAACCUAUGGUAGAUGGUGGAACUGAAGGUUUCAAGGGCCAUGCUAGGGUUAUCUUGCCAGGGAUCACACCAUGCUUUGAGUGUACAAUCUGGCUUUUCCCGCCUCAAGUGAAGUUUCCUUUAUGCACCCUUGCUGAAACCCCUAGAACAGCUGCUCAUUGUAUUGAAUAUGCACAUUUGAUUAAAUGGAAUGAGGUUCAUGGUGCAACAGCAUUUGAUCCAGAUAACCCUGAGCAUAUGAAAUGGGUCUACGAUGAGGCUUUAAAGAGAGCUGAGCUUUUUGGCAUUCCAGGAGUUACUUAUUCUCUUACCCAGGGUGUUGUGAAGAACAUCAUUCCAGCUAUAGCUUCCACCAAUGCAAUUAUAUCUGCUGCAUGUGCACUGGAAACACUGAAGAUUGCAACAGAGUGCAGCAAAACUUUGUCCAAUUAUUUAACGUACAAUGGAACACAAGGCGUCCAUACUAAAGUCACGGAAUUCGAGAGGGAUAAAGAGUGCCUUGUGUGUGGUCCUGGUGUACUUAUUGAAGUGGAGCCUUCAGUCACAUUGCAGAAGUUCAUUGAUCUUCUGGAAGAACAUCCUAAGUUGAGGUUAUCACGAGCCAGUGUCUCGCAUCGGGGAAAAAAUCUGUACAUGCAAGCGCCACCUGUAUUGGAAGAAAUGACUCGAUCAAAUCUGAGCCUAACUCUUUUCAAUCUGAUGGGUAAACCAUCCAGGGAUAUUGUUCAUGUGAAUGGUACAGCCACCACGAACGACCAAAAAGUCUCCUGCCUGAGAAAAUUAUCAGUUGUUUUCAAGGGAAUUGAUGGUGUUACAGAUAUGGACACAGCAGGAGGAGCAUAAUUUUGCAUCAAGGGUUUACAAAACAUGAAAGGUUUAUGAGAUUUGAGAGAUCAUGGCAGAUUGCUAGUAUUGUUGAGGCAGAGAUAAUUAUGAAAAAGGAUCUGAGCGUAAUGAUAUUUCUCUGUAAGAAUCAAAUAACUCCUCAAUGUGGUUAUUCAAUUCAAAACCAUAUUGAUCUAAAUAGCCAUGUGGUUUGAUUAUUCGACCCUCGUGGAUAAAAUUAACGUAGAUUGGCCCAACCUCAUGAACAUUUCUCAGUUUCUUUCUGCAGAUUUGUUGCCCCCGGAUCAUAGCCUACUGGUUAAUUUCAUUUUCUCACAUAUGCUUAAUUAUAUUGAUGUAGCUCUGGUACAUCGUGGAUUUAACUUUUAGCUUAAAUUUU